CCCACAAACUACACAAUGUCCGCCAUCCGCACCGCCCGCGCCCUUGCGCGCCCCGCCAGCUCCAUCCUCCGCGCACCCGUCGCCCGCACCUCCACACCCUUCGCUACGCGCGCAUUCUCGCAGUCAAUGGUCAAGCGCGGCGGCGGCCACGAGAGCCACUACGAUGCGCCCCAGGGCUGGCUGUUUGGCGUCAAGCCCGGCGAGGAGUAUAAGAAGGAGGGGUGGGAGAAUGUGACAUUUUAUGUGUUUAUUCCGUUGAUGGUGCUGUGCAUGGGCGUGUAUGCGUUUAAGCCUGAUACUAGCAUCCAGACAUGGGCCCUCGAGGAGGCACGCAGGCGGCUCGAAGCAGAGGGCAUCCUGGCCGACCCGGACGUCAAGAAGGACUAAGCUCGACCACGAACGAAGAAUGACAAGCGAGCUCAGCAAGAUAGAGGAUGGGAGAUCGAAAGACAGCUGCACAUACAAAACUGUAUAUAUCCGGAUUCUGACAGUGGUGGGUUUUCUUUUGUCGCAUGGGCUCCAUAGAGUCGGAUAUGCAAUUGCAAUGCAUUGAAUCUCAAUGUAUCGGAACCUUUUGAGACGGAGUGCACGCCACGCAGCCGGCCUUCCGCAAAUCGAUGCUGUUAGGCACAAUCCAGACUCCUCGAAAGCUGGCGGAGAGACAAGAUGAUUGACGUACAGCAG